AUGGAAGAAGAGCUUGCUGCUGAACAUGGUAAUCAGCAUUGCGAAGAAGAGGAUAGGAUGUCCAGAGAAACCCCUAGAUGGUCCGUUGGCUCGGCAUCAUCUAGCUGUAAGAGGAGGAAGCGGCAAGAAGGGAAGAGCAAGGAUAGUGGAACAAGUGAUUCUUUUCUGGACAUGUUACAUGAAGUCCAAGGUGAUCUAAAGGGUGUGUCCAGUAAUGUUGGAAAAAUGGCAGAAGCACUGGACCGUAAGGUUGCAAUUCAAGAGAAGGCGAUGAAUGAAAAUCCACAACAGAUGUUAAGGGAGAAGGCUGUAGCAGAGUUGCGUAAGCUGGGGUUUACUGGGAUAGAACAAAUCAAAGAUGCUACUGUAUUUGUGAAAUCGCCAGAUCAAAUGAAUAUGCUGCUAACCCUUGACCAGUCUUUGUGGAGGGAGCUCAUUCUAAAUAUGCUUAACGUGCUUGCUGUUGGAGGUGGAAAAGGAAUGUUGACAGUGUCUUUGCAUUUGCAUAUGCAUUGA